GAAAUUGGUUGAAAAAGAAAAAUGUAGCUGAAAACGCGAAAAUAUCGAAGAAAUAAGCGCAAUACACUAUUAAAAAUAGCGUCAAUACAUUACUAUCGGGUAAUUGUCAACGAAUGCGCUGAAUUUCUUGAAAACAAAUCGCGGACCACGCCAAGAAGUGGAAAAAAGAAAUGCAAAAUAUCCUGGCCCACGCAGGAUAGGUGUGUGAAGCAAACGCGAGGAUAAGUCGCGUAGCAAGAAGAAGCAGCAGGCGGCGGCUGUCAAAACAGAGGAAAUCCAGCCGAGAUAAAAGUGCAUCCGAGGAAUACAAAGUGAAAUGUAAAAUGUGAACGAUGUUGCAACGUCGGUCUGCUUGCAUCGCAAAGAAAAAGUAAAGCCAGAAGCAAAGCCAGAACAAACAAAAUACACAGAAGUGAGUGGGAGCGAGAGCGCGAGUGGGAAAGGGAGUGUGCAGUGCGUGCGUAUUGGUAACGGUUUCUGCCUGUGUAUGAUUGUGUGUGUGUGCUCGCAACAAAUUAUCGGUUAAUUUCCUUCGAUUUUGCACAAACAACAAAGAGCGACGGCUGACUUUUGUUUCCGAAAGGGGGAUGUCCUCAGCGCCCUGCGCUCAACUGUAAAGCGACCACCAACCACCGCCCCGUUAUCAAACGCUGAUAACUAAGGUCACACCAACAUGCAAGACGACAUCUAAGCUAAAGGCGGCUUAAGUGAAAGGCUGAACAGGCACAGCGAAAAGCCAACGAACCCGCCGCCUCUGGAGCAGACAGCAGACAGGAGACAGUCAGUCGGUGAACGGAUUACGCACAUCCUGAAGCAGCAUCAGCCAGCCACAAUGUCUAGGCACACGGACAACGAUAAUCUGCGCAAUGACAUCUACGAAAAUCUGCCCUGUCAGGCGAUGUACAACGAGUCUGUGCGCAAGAUGCAGCAGCAGAAGUCAUCCACGCAGGCAGUGACCGGUAAUAAUCCCAAUGCCAACUCCAUUGGCAAUUGCAACUCCACGCCGGCUGCCGGUGGCAACAUGCCCAAAGAGAUGCUGUAUGCCACACCUCUGCGCAAAUCCGAUCGCUACAAGAGCGGCGAACGGAGUCGACACGCGCCCAUAACGAAUCCGGAAACGAAGUUGUCCAACUACCGGGACUCCAAUCGUCUGGCCAGUGCCCGCAAUGGGAAUCCUGUGCAGGUCACAGAUCUAGAUGCCGAUGAGGACGAUGCCGAGGGAGAUGGCGUUGAUGGUUGUGCCUCCACCAGUGCCCUGGUGGGUGGCUCUAAAUACAGCAAUCAGCCGCCUGGCGGCACACCCAACCAGCAGCUGGAGGAUCGACGCAUUCUCAACUUCCUCAAGGACACCACACAGCUGCAGAAGAAGCUAGAGAUCAGCGGACGCGACUGUCCCAACGCCAGCUUCUCGAAUCUGGCGCGCGAGGAGCACUUUGCCAAUUUGGUGCAGCAGAACUUUCCGCAGGAUGUGACCCAUCACUCGAAUGGGGAAACGAAUGGUGGCAGUGGCUCGGCACCAGAGGAGGAUGGCCAGGAGGCAGCAGGCGGGGCUAAGCCGCAGGCAAUCGAGGAUACCGAUGGCAAUCUAGAGGCCCUAAUGCAACGCAAAGUGUCACCCGACAAGGAAGUCAAUGGCUUGGUCAACAGCGGAAGUCUAGAGCCGAAUAAUCGAAUCGUGGGCACAGUUUACAUACAUCGCGAAUGGGUGCUAAAGAAGAUCGCGCUGUGCCUCGAGCAGAGAACAGCGGGCAAGAAGGCUGUGCCAGGAGCCCUGGGAGCCGUCUCCUCCAACUAUGUUUCUGCACGGGCCAAGGCAGCGGCCAUCUCCAGCUCCAGCUAUAACGGCUGCCUGGUGUUGGGCUCAAACGGAUCCGGCAAGACCUCCAUCUGCCAGGCCAUCAUGAAGGGGAACUCCGGUACCAAGGGUAUUCUCAACCGGAAGCUGCUAGCCUGCUACUUAAUUGAGUCCCAGAAUCCGGAGUGCCACAGCCUGUCGCUGUUUAUGCGGAAAAUAGUGCUGCAGCUUCUCAGUCAUGCCUCCCUGAUCAGCCGGGAUGAGAGCCAACGGAUCAUAGACGAGGGUUUCUCCUUUCUUCGCGAGGAGGCCCAGCAGCAGGAGUUCAAGCUGGAUGAGGCAAUGAACAACAUCAGUCUGAGCGAGAAUGCCGAGGAGCUGCUGAUCGAAGAGCUGAAGCGAGGGGCAAGUGAGUGCGACACCAAAGAGCUGGAUAACUUCCAGUCGCAACGCACCUCGACGAUCAACAAGGCGGCCAGAUCGAGUCUUACGCGUCAACAAUCGGAGCCAGCUCCAUUGCAGGCCACCGAUGGUGGAGAUCCAGAUGAGAAGACUGGCGGCACCAACUAUGGCACUCAUCCACCAAAGCGCGCCUCCAGGGAGCGUGCGGAUUCCGAGCAGGACAAGGACAUGGGCAGCGAAAAGGAGCAAAAGCAGGCUCUGGAGCAGCAGGCCGCCAAGUCUAGUCCCGGCAAAAACAAGUCUAAGAUACCCGUGAAGCGUGGACGCUCUGGAAGCGGAGUGCUUUCUCCUUCUAAGCUGGCCACCAUUAGCAAUGGCUCGGGUCAGGCCAUCCAGCAAGGCGGUGGCGAGGAUAUAGCCGACCCAAGUACUGACCAGGAGAAGCACGAAAUAGAAGCGGCCAUCAAGGAUGACAACGCAGAGCAGCCGAAGGAAUGCGACGAGGGUAAAGAAGAGGAAAAGCCCGAGGCGGACAAGGAGCUUAAUGAGAAGCUAAAGGAGCUGGAUAAGUCCGAUCAGGACAUGAAGAAUGAGGAGCCGAAGCACGAAGCUAAUUCCAGCUCUGAACCGCUCAUCGAUUUCAGCGAAACGAAAGUUAAUGGAAAGGAGGAAGAACCUGCUCAGCCUCCGCCACCAGUUCCCGGAGAGAAGCCACGGAUGAGCACCAACACCCUGCCCCCACCGCUGCCCAAGACCAAAAGCUGUCGCACCAUCAUCGCCGAUGGCUACUACGAGCUGCUGCUCUCCAAUCCGGAGAUACUCGAGUGCCUCAGUGUAGACAACAUCGAGAAGAACCCGGACGAGUGCUUCAAGAAGGCCUUUCUGUUUCCUCUCUUGGAACUUACUCCUCCCAAGACGGCUCUCCUGCUGCUGAUCGACUCCAUCGACGAGAACUACAUCAACGAGGGCAAUCUCAUCUCCACGCUGAAGGGCGGAAGAGGCACAGUGACAAGCCACAAGAGCCGGAAUGUCGCGGAACUCCUUUCGAACCACAUUCACCUAUUCCCCAAGUGGCUUUUCCUUGUGUGCACCACCAAGAAGCAGACCAAGCAGAUCACUAAGAUGUUCACCGGCUUCAAGAAGAUCACGUUGGAUGAUCUGCGCAAGUCGCACGUUGUCAAGGAUGUGCAGGAGUACAUCAUUAACCGGCUGAACUCGGACUUCAAGGACAGCAUCAUGCUGACCAAGGAGAUCAUCGAAUCGCUGCACCAGCUGUAUAUCAAGUCGAAUGGAUGCAUUCUCUACUUGGAGAAGGUUCUGCAUGGCAUCAAGGAUAACUUCUUUAGCUUUCGCGAGAUCAAGCUGAUCCCCUGCACCCUGAACGGCCUGUAUUUGUACAUCUGCCAGAAGUCCUUCAACAAGAAGCAGUACAUGAAGAUCCGGCCACUGCUCAAUGUCCUGCUGGCCUCCUCCGGCUAUGUGGACAAGCUUUUCCUUUUCAACUGCCUUCGCACGCACAACUACACCAUCGACUGUCAGGAGUUCGAGAAGCGGCUACAACUUAUGCGUAACAUCCUGGCUUACGACUCCAAUGCGCAGCGCCUCAAAAUCUUCCACAACUCCUUCGCAGACUGGCUGGUUGAUGUAAAAUUCGCCACCAAGAAGUUUAUCUGCGAUGUCAACGAAGGCCAUGUCAUGAUCUCAAUGUACUACCUGCUGGUGGCCGACACCCUCUGCGCAAACACAGUGCGUAGGUUCGCCUACCAUCUCAUCCGGUCGGGGGAGUACCUGACCAGCCGGCACGUGGACCUCGACCUCAUAUUGAUGCUGCUCGAGUCGCGACUCAAUCUCAGUGACUGCUUUUACACGAACCAGAUGAAUUGCUGCGCCCAGUGCGAGCAUGAUUUCAAGUACGACGCCAAUUUCCUGCCCAAGACUCGCGCCAUGCUGGAGCGCUUCUUGGCCAGCGAGCUGAGCGAGCCCUUCGCCCAGUUCCUGUGCGACUUCUUCAAGCCCAGUCUGCCCACGGACGCCAAGAUGUUGAAGCUGCUCAUCGAGACGGGAAUCAAUAACGCCGAGUCCCAAAACUCCUGUGAAUCCUCGCUGAUGUCGCCGGAGCUUUCGGAGAAAUCACAGAACAUUGAUUUUGAGUUGGCCGACCUGCUGUUGUCCAGCGAGAAGAGCUGUCUGAUGGAGACCCAGCGGGCGGGUAGCCCAUCGGAGCACAGCGAGCCGCCAGCCGAAAGUCAGGAUGAGAAUGCCUCAAGCACCCUGCAUCAGCUUUCCGACUCGCAUCACAUUGAGCUGCACAAAGGCAAGGCACUGAUCCACAUUCUGGCCAACGAUGGUAAUCAUCAGUUGCUGGAACGGGCCCUCAAUGCCUGCAAGAGCCCCAUCGAUCUAGAGAUCGAGGAUUACAAUGGCCAAACGGCCUUGAACAUAGCUGCGCGGAACGGACACCUUGAGGUGGUGAAGCUGCUGCUCAGCUUCUCUCAACCCUGCAACGACGGAACUGGUCGGAUGCAACGGGUCGAUGUGAACCAUGCCGAUCGCGAUGGUUGGACUCCCUUGAGAUCCGCCUCCUGGGGUGGACACAGUGAGGUAGUUCGUCUCCUAAUCGCACAGCCUGCCUGCAAAAUCGAUCUCGCCGACAAAGAGGGACGCACUGCUCUGAGGGCCGCCGCCUGGAGCGGACACGAGGAUAUCCUAAAGCUUCUGAUUGAAUCGGGUGCGGAUGUGAACUCUGUUGACCGCCAAGGACGCACAUCACUGAUUGCCGCCUCCUACAUGGGUCACUACGACAUUGUGGAGAUUCUGCUCGAGAAUGGAGCAAAUGUGAAUCACCUGGAUCUGGACGGACGCAGUGCGUUGUGUGUGGCCGCUCUAUGCGGCUCCUCCGGGUACAGUAAGGUUAUCUCAACGCUUUUGGAUCACGGCGCCAAUACGGAUCAGUUGGACAACGAUGGAAUGUCACCGCUGCUGGUCAGCUCCUUCGAGGGCAAUGCCGAGGUCUGUGAGCUGCUCCUGGAGAACGCUGCGGAUCCGGAUCUCGCAGACUUCAUGGGACGGACUCCUCUGUGGGCUGCCUGCACGGCUGGACACGCCACUGUGGUUAAGCUCUUGCUUUUCUGGGGCUGUGGCAUCGACUGCAUGGACUCCGAAGGACGCACGGUGCUCAGCAUUGGCGCUGCCCAGGGCAAUGUGGAGACGGUGAGGCAACUCCUCGACCGCGGCCUGGAUGAAACACAUCGGGACAAUGCCGGUUGGACGCCACUACACUAUGCCGCCUUCGAAGGCUUUCACGAGGUGUGCCUGCAGCUUCUGGAGUCGGGAGCGAAGAUCGACGAAUGCGACAACGAGGGAAAGACAGCUUUGCACCUGGCAGCUCAGGAGGGACGACUCAACUGCGUUCAGGCCCUGCUGGACAUCCAUUCCAGCUUUGUAGACCAGAAGGCGCACGACGGCAAGACAGCCUUCCGACUGGCUUGCCUAGAGGGCCACAUGGAAACCGUGGAGUUCCUGCUGAAGUUCUGCUGCGAUGUCAACUCGAAGGACGCGGACUCGCGAACCACUCUUUACAUCCUGGCGCUGGAGAACAAACUGGAGAUUGUCAAGUACCUGCUGGACAUGACCAACGUGGAUGUGAACAUUCCGGACAGCGAAGGUCGCACAGCGUUGCACGUGGCCGCCUGGCAGGGACACGCAGACAUGGUCAAGACCUUGAUCGAGGCCGGGGCUGAUGUUAACUCCAUGGAUUUGGAGGCUCGCACACCGCUGCAUUCGUGUGCCUGGCAGGGCAACCACGACGUCAUGAACAUCCUUCUCUACUACGGCGCCCUAGCGGAUCACGCGUGCAAGCAGGGAGCCACUGCCCUGGGUAUUUCCGCCCAGGAGGGGCACGAGAAGUGCGUGAUUGCUCUUCUCCAGUUCGGAGCCAAUCCGUACAAGUCCGACCACUGCGGACGCACGCCCAUCAAGCUGGCGGCCAAGUCAAGUCGCACCAGCAUCCUGAAGAUCUUCGAGAGCUACACUAAAAAUGAAGCUAGCAAUCCCAACGAACCCAAGUUCCACGCACAUGCCAGCAUGCUGAGGUCCCCGGACCAGCCGCCGGCCCUGCCGCUUCACCAGAACCUGGCCCCAUAUCCGGCGCACGCUUCGGCCUCCUCGGUCUGUUCGGCGGCCACCACGGCAACGGUGCACAAUGGCAGCAACCUACAUGUCCUCAAUGCAUCCAGCUCCACGCACAGCUCAAACAAUUUCUACCAGAACACUAUGCAGUCAGACACGAGCAGUUUGCACAAGCGCAAGAGCGUCAUCUCUAGUCAGUCCACAGGCAGCAGCAAUGAUCAAGCGCCACUUACAUUCACCCAGCAAUUGCAGCGACAAAGCAAACUCAGCUCACGCAACAAUCUGAUGGUUAACUCGAAGCACGCCUCCAGUUCAGGCGCAUCAGGUCACAAAUCCAGCGGCGGUGGCGGUGGUGGCCAGCGGCACUCACAGGUUCUGCCCGAUCUCAGCGAGCAUCAGCUUACAUCUAAUAUGGCCAACGAUGCGGAUAUGUACGACAUGGAGUGCAUGUCGCCGCUCUAUGCUACGCCACCGCAUUCGCCCAGCAGCGAGCUGAGCUCUCCGGGCCAGUUGCCGGGCCUAAAUGCCUUCGUGGAUGAUGAUAGAGCCGGAACCAGCAGUGGCGGAGGGGCCAAGUCCUCGCUGCCGGAUAAUCACUUUGCCCGGGACACGCAUAUGAGGAUUAUAUUGGGCAAUCUCAAGGAAAAUCAGCCCAGCUCAUCGAGCAAGAGCAAGCGCAGCGGCGUAUCCAGCAAUCCGGCAAUGCGGCUCAUCCGGAGUCGCUUCGAUGCUGCCUCCCAGUUAAUCCGACGCACCAACAACAUACUCUCCUCCAGCAGCAAUCAGGGCUCCUCCAGCAUUGGCGUCAAGUCGGGCACCUUCCAGUGGCGCAAGGAGAGUCAAAUGUAAACAGCCAAGCGGGAGAAGCACUCACUUUACACACACACAACACACCCACUUGCAUACUCAACGAAUUAAACCAUAAUUUAUUUGAGUUAUAUUUGUACUUUUGAGAAAGUAUUUGUUUUUUGUGAUAGUUUCAAUUUUAGUAAACUUUUUAACAUGUAUUCUGAUUUAACUAAAUGUAUUAGGCAUACUACCCUUAGAACGUAAGGCAUGCGCCAAGUAUUAAGCUAGAGACCCAUUUAUAGAAACCAUUAUUCGACUUUUGGCAUGACUUUUUCUUCAUCGAGGUAGCGAAAAAAAAAAAUGAGAAAAUUAAGUAGAUCACGACGACACGAAUGUAUACUUAGGUGUGCUCAGAUCCCAGGCUCUGUUUUCAGGCUUAAUUUUAAAAGUAUUUAUUAAAUCAGCUUGCGUAAGACAGAGCAAUGGCUUAUAAUUUAUAUCAUUUAAGCUGAAACAGAGCUUCCCGAUAGCAGGGACGCUUCAGGUCUGUCGGCCAUAUUUACUCCAAUGCGCAUUUAUUGGCGACCGGCUAUAGCAGUGUAAUUUAUUGAUAAUUAAUUACGACAAUGCAGAUGUCAAUUUUUCCGAACGCAGUCCCAAAAGUACCAAAAACCCAUCAUCCUGGCACAUCACGAUCCUAGAGAUAUAUGAUAUAUGUAUUAUAUUGCUCGCACCCAAAACUCGAAGCGGUCCGUUCCUGUACCUUAACACUUGUCACUAAUUUUAUGUAACCCUUAAGCCGGACAAACCAAUCAAAUAUUCAAAUAUUUUCUGAUACUCUGUAUUCCCCCACUGCAAAGCAGCAAACCAUACACAGCAAACAACGCACUGGGCUAAAUCCAAAAAAGAAAACGAAGCAAAGUUAAACAGCGAAAUGUUAAUGAACAGAACAGAACUUAAUUAAUUGUUAACAAACCUAACAGAUACCGCAGAAUACAAUUGUUUAGAUAUACAUAAAUAUAUAUAUAUAUAUAUUUCAAAGGCAUAUUUACAAGUUAAUGAUCAGAGUUAUUCAAAGUAUCAUUAUUAUAAUCGAAGCAGAUAACCGAACAGACUUAAUUACAAUCCACAUACAGACAUCACACAUUACAAAACACACGCGAAGGGGGUCGAAACCAAAGAUAAACAUUUACAUUUGGAAGUAAUAUACACACGAUACCUACACAUACCUAAAACAUAACUAAAUAUAUAUGAGAAUAUGUACUUAUACAUUGUAGUGUUGUAGUUUUGAAAAAGGUUGCGAUGAAUUAUUGACAAAAAUUGAUACAGGAACAUUUACAGACAAUUCUGAGUGUG